AUGGAAUCUCCAGAAUCGAAUAUUCCUCAAAUUCCUCCCAGUAAUCCCAGUAAUCCUCAAUGGCCACCGUCUCCACAAUCUCCACAAUCUCCAUUUUUCCCACAAUCUCCACUAUCUCCACAAUCUCCAUUUUUCCCACAAUCUCCACUAUCCCCACAAUCUCCAUUUUUCCCACAAUCUCCACUAUCCCCACUAUCACCACUAUCCCCGCAAUCACCACUAUCUCCGCAAUCUCCACUAUCUCCGCAAUCUGAACUAUUCCUACUCUAUCAAUACCAAUACCAACAAGCACCACAGACUCCACAAACACCACAAACACCACAGUCUCCACAAUACCAGCAAUUCGAACCACAAUCCCCACAAUCCCCACAAUCAUUACAAUUACCACAAUUAUCAUCUGAUGAGGAUCUAUUUGAUUCUUCUCCUUCUCCUUCAAUUAAUCCGGAUAUCUAUUAUGGAAAUGAAAUUCAUUCAGAACCACUUUAUUACUCUUGUGAUUUGCCUCCAUUAUUUUCUGAGAUUGAUUACUUUUUUGGUGGUGAGCAAUCACCAUAACUUUAACGCGUUUGUUUCUU